AUAUAGAAUAAAAUUUAAACAAUAGAUUUAAAGGAAUUAAUAAAAAAGAUUGUUGUAAUUUUAUUCUCUUAACUGUGCGUUUUUUAUACGAGAAUUUAAUUUAAUUACAAAAACUUGUACCAAUUGAUUACGUAAAUGCAUGUACAUCUAGUAGUAGGCUGUGUAAAUUUUUGAAAGACAAUGUAAUAUUAUUGAAUAUACACUAACAACACUAGUCAGUCGUUGAUUUUGUAGUUGUUUGGAUUGUUAGAAAUGGCUAACAAAAAAGUUGCAACUAUGAAUAAAAAUUGGUUUACUGCAGUUCCUUUGGACUUCGUAGAAGUACUUAGAAAUAAGAUUAAAAUGGCAGAUCGAGUAGAAAAAAUCUCCAGACCCAUGAAAUUCCCUUAUACCUUCAGUGCCAAACUUGCACAAUUCCCGUACAGACACUAUUUCAAGAAUCAAUGGAUCUGGAAAUACUAUGCUAUCGCUGUUGUAUGUUGUAUUCCUGUAUUUAAUUCCAUCAGCAAGUUAGCUAACUCUCCUGAAAAUGUAGCUAAGUGGGCUGAAAUCCGUAGAAAAGAGGCUGCUGAACAUCAUCACUAGGCGCAUUUUUUCUCAAUUAGUCUGUCAAGAAUUUUUUGUUUAAUUUAAUUUCUAUUAAAUAAAUGUAGGUCAUACACU